GUUAUAUCAACUUACCUGUAUGUGUAUGUUUUGGGGUCUCUCUAAGAAUUUUUCUAAGAUUUGGUUUACUCUCUUCUUAUAUUUCGAUUUCCUCUUGUUGAAGUCGGGUUUGUGUUGUAAGUUAAAAUCCAAAGAAAAAACAGAAGAAGAAUUGAAGAUGGCAGAGAAGGUGACAGUGAGCAUAAGGGAGUCAACAAUGGUGAAGCCAGAAGAGGAGUCGACGCCUCGAAGCCCGCUGUGGCUCUCCAACGCAGACCUAGUGUUUCCUCCCUUUCACAUGUCAACUGUUUACUUUUACAGACCAAGCGGUGAGUACAACUUUUUUGACGUGGGAGUGCUCAAGCAGGCGCUCAGCAAGGCCCUUGUGCCCUUCUACCCCUUGGCUGGUCGCUUGAAGCUCAACGACCAGAGCAAGCGUCUGGAGAUUGAUUGCAAUGCUGAGGGAGUGCUCUUUGUUGUAGCGGAGAGCAGCUCUGCCCUUGAUGAUUUUGGCAAUUUUGCGCCCACUCCAGAUUUCAAGAAGCUCAUCCCCACUGUUGAUUAUUCUGAGAUAUCCUUAUAUCCCAUUUUGGUGUUACAGGUCACAUACUUCAAAUGUGGUGGAGCGUCACUGGGUGUUGGCGUGGAACACCGCAUUGUAGAUGGAGCUUCUAAUCUCCAUUUUGUAAAUACAUGGUCUGAUAUCGCUCGUGGUGAUCUCUCAAAUAUUAAACCACCCUUCAUGGACAGGACUUUACUUCGUGCCCGAGACCCACCUCAGCCUGCAUUUCCCCACAUUGAAUUACAACCUUUUCCACAAGUGAAGCUAGCUCCAGAUCAUCCGCAAAGUACAACCACUACUACAACAACAUCCAUUUUUAGAUUGACGCAGGAGCAGCUCAAAAUUUUGAAAGCCAAGUUCGAGGAAGAUGGCGGGAAUAUUAAUAAUACAAUCAAGUAUACCACAUUUGAGAUUUUGGCAGGUCAUAUUUGGAAAUGUGUUUGCAGGGCACGUAAACUUCCUGAUGAUCAAGAUAUCAUGCUAGUUAUGGGCAUUGAUGGACGGUCCAGAUUGAAACCCCCACUCCCACCCCAUUUCUUUGGCAAUGCUAUUAGCAGAGCCGUACAAAUUGCUGCAGCAGGGGAUAUCCAAUCGAAACCAACGUUGUAUGCUUCAAGUUGUGUUCGCGGCACUCUAGAGCGGAUGGACGAUGAUUAUUUUAGAUCAUUCCUUGACUAUCUUGAGCUUCAUAAUUCUCGUGUUCCCAAACCUAAUCAAUUUAUCUGGAGCCCCAACCUUUGGAUAAACAGUUGGGUUCGUAUGCCGAUUCAUGAUGCUGAUUUUGGUUGGGGUCGACCCAUUUUCAUGGGGCCUGGUGAAGUUCCAGUUGACGGGUAUUGUACCAUAUUGCCAAGUGCAACUAAUGACAGGAGCUUAUCGGUCUGCAUUUCUUUGAACUCUGAGCACAUGGAAUCAUUUUCCAAGUUGUUGUAUGACAUAUAAGGAAAUGAAUCCGCCGGAGAAAUUUGGUCAUGCCUGAUUCGAAUAGCUGUCAGUCCCUUUAUCUUUAAAGUUGGUGUAUUAGUUUGUGCACGUUGCUUGAUUUAGUAUUGCAAAACUUUGUGUCAAAAGUUGGUGGAUUUGUUAUCCACAAUAAUAAAAAGAAUAUGUGUUUUAUUGUGACUCUUA